AUGGCUCUAUCUAUCGACCUGACUGCGCCCAACGGAAGGACUUGGACACAGCCUCUCGGCCUUUUUAUCAACAACGAGUUUGUGCCAUCUAAAUCUGGAAAGAAAAUAUCUUCGAUUGAUCCAGCGGCAGAAACCGAAAUUACAUCUGUCUAUGCAGCGGAUGCUCAAGACAUUGAUGAUUCUGUACGCGCAGCACGAGCCGCAUUCGAGGGUUCAUGGCGGGAGCUUUCAACAUCGGAUCGAGGAAACCUGAUUAUCAAGUUGGCAAACUUGAUCGAAGAGGAGCAGGAGCUAUUUGCUACGAUUGAUACUUGGGACAAUGGGAAACCGUAUUCCGUUACUUUGGGUGAAGACCUGCCGGAAGCCUUCAACACGAUCAGAUACUACGGCGGCUGGGCGGACAAGAUUCAGGGCCACACUAUUCCUACAUCGCCAGCAAAGUUUGCGUAUACGUUGCGGGAGCCCAUCGGUGUCGUCGGCCAAAUCAUUCCAUGGAACUAUCCUCUUAGCAUGGCAGCGUGGAAGCUCGGGCCUGCACUUGCAUGUGGAAACACGGUCGUUAUCAAAGCCGCCGAACAGACCCCACUCAGUAUUUUGUAUCUGGGCAACUUGAUCAAAAAGGUCGGCUUUCCUCCAGGCGUUGUCAAUAUCAUCAACGGGACAGGAAGCGAGGCCGGAUCUGCCAUCGUCAAUCACCCCGACAUUGACAAGAUUGCUUUCACCGGUUCCACGGCAACUGCACAGCGCAUCAUGAAGGCGGCCUCCGGCAGCCUUAAGAAUAUCACUCUUGAGACUGGGGGCAAAUCACCAGCUGUUGUCUUUGCCGACGCCGACCUUGACCAGGCGGUGAAGUGGACGCAUAUUGGGAUUAUGAACAACCAGGGGCAAGUCUGCUCUGCGACGUCUCGCAUCCUUGUUGAGGGCAAGAUUUACGACGAAUUUGUUGCUCGGUUCAUUGAGACUGUCAAAUCGGUCAGCGUGGUUGGCAAUCCUUUCGAUGCCAACACUUUCCAAGGACCUCAAGUUACAAAGCAGCAAUACCAACGGGUGCUGGACUAUGUGAAAAUUGGUAAGGAGGAAGGCGCGACACUUGCCCAUGGAGGAGAGCCACUCCGAACUCUCAAUGCAGAUGGCAAGGGCUACUUUGUAGCGCCAACAGUCUUUACGGAUGUUGCGGAGCAUAUGCAGAUCUAUCACGAGGAGGUGUUUGGUCCGUUCGUCGUCAUCUCCAAGUUUGAAACAGAAGAUGAGGCAAUGAAGAAGGCGAACGGUACUACCUACGGCCUCGGGGCCGCUGUCUUCACCUCGAAUCUAGAGAAAGCACACCGUGCGGCCCAAAGGGUUCAGAGCGGGACAGUCUGGAUCAAUAGCAGCAACGACUGUGACUACAGGAUCCCUUUCGGAGGCGUUAAACAGAGUGGUUUUGGUCGUGAGCUUGGUGAAGAUGGAUUGGAGGCGUAUACUCAAGUGAAAGCGGUGCAUGUCAACAUCGGCAAUCGCCUGUGAGCAGUUUUACCUUGACUGAAUAAAAUGAAGGGAAUCCCUGC